UUGAAAUUAAUUGCAUUGAAUGAAUAUAUAUGAAUAGUUGCUUAUAAAAGUCCAAGUUACAAAUGUCCAAGAGUUACAUGUGAAUGUUGUUUCCUCACAGAGCUCGCAUUGAAGAGAUGCAACAGAGACAUUUGGAGGACUACAGGCCUCGUCCACACCCACCUCCUCCAGCCGCACCUUUCGCAGGAGCAGCCAUGUUUAACCCCGCCCAACCUCCAUCUGCACGCAGAAGAGACGAAGAUCAAGACGGGCUGCCUGAUUACUGCUGUCCCAAAUGUAUGUACAAGGCUCCAGACAUGGACACCCUGCAGAUUCACGUCAUGGACUGUAUCCAGUGAGAGGAAGAGAUGUUCAGGUGAUCUCUUGACACCUGAGUGAACUAUAACAACAACGACAA